AUGCUUUCUAAUGUUGAAGAUCCAUUACCAGUGCAACUAAUUAUCCAAGGCAUACAUAGAACAGCUGUUCUCAUAAUACUGGAUUCCAAAUUUACAAGAAUUAACCUUAGCCUUCAAACUCGUGAUAAAAUAAUAGCUGCACAUCGUGCACAUCAUGAUACAGAAGUAGAAAUUACUAUGAAAAUAUUAGCACCACACAAUAAUACAAAUGAAGCUCAUCUUACACAUCUACACAAGACAAAUGAUAUUCAAUUGCGUGAGAAUAUUGGUCCAUGGACUGUUUUGGAUCAAUUGGUUACUACAACUUUAAAAGAGCAAGGCAAGAUGCUUUACUAUCAACAUGGUAAUAUUUUAGCUCCUGAAAAUAGCUCUGAACGAUAUUAUCAAUUAACAGUGAGCGAUGAGAUGUGGCUUAAACAAGGCUGUAAUUAUGGUCAGUUUUGUUUCGGGAUAGAUGGAAAAUAUGACUUGAAUAAUGAAAAGGCACCUGUACUUGCUAUAGUCAUUAAAGAUCAAGCUGGAUAUGGAUCUCCCCUAGUAUUUGGACUUAGCGAUAAAGAGAACUAUCACAUAAUACGAAUAGUAGUGCAAGCUGUAAAAGUAAACAUUCCAUGUAAUAACUCUACCUGUAUGUAUCAUUAUCAAUAUACUAACUUACCAAAUGGAAUGGGGUUUCAACAUCAAGUUGAGUGUAUCUCUAACUGGAAUCCAUUGGAUAUGAUAGAUAAGCAUCGACCUACUAAACUUGCAUUACAGAAUCUUACUCGUGGUACAAUUCUUUGCUGGUUUCAUAUUAUAGCUAUUUUAGGUGAACAUUUGAAAAUGUGGAAGAUUUGUGAUGGAUGGAGAAAAAGCUUUAUCAAUGGAGGACAAAUACCACAAAUAAAUAAUCCAAUUAAUUCAAAGCCAAUGAUGACAAACAAUCUUACAGAGCAGAUGCAUAAGACUGUAGAAGCACGAAGUAGUGGAAUCCAAACUGUUGUGAAGUUUAUUGAAUGUCUAUAUGGUGUUAAA